CCAGCUACUGCGGAAACACGGAAAGCAUUUAGCCUUUAAGCAGAGGACAAAGCUGCAGAAAGAAUAUACUGUUUUUGUUUUGAAUUGUUUGCAAAAGCCAAACUUAAAUAUAACCUGACUUGGAGGAUUAGUUCUUGCAUUGUAGUUUUAUAUUAGUCUGGCACAGAGCUCCUGAAGUUUAAGGAACUAACUACAUAAACAAACUGCUAUUAAGCAUUUUCUGGUGACUUUUCCAUGGAUUGUGGGGCAUUGUGCACUGUGCUCGGGUGUGUUUCAGGGAUAGCUGCAGGUGGACUCCUCUUUGCAGCCUACAGACUCGGUUUACUGUAUCAGCUGUUUCAUAAGACAGAGACAAAAAGCCCCCGUCAUGGAGGAGAGAGUGUGGCUGAGGUUCUGCGCGCUCAUGGCAUAAAAUAUGUGUUCACUCUGGUUGGAGGACACAUCUCUCCCAUCCUGGUGGCCUGUGAGAAAGUGGGCAUCCGGAUUGUCGACACCAGACAUGAGGCUACCGCAGUCUUUGCAGCUGAUGCAGUUGCAAGGCUUUCAGGAACUGUUGGUGUGGCAGCAGUGACUGCGGGACCAGGACUCACCAACACUAUCACUGCUGUAAAGAAUGCACAGAUGGCUGAAUCCCCAUUACUGCUCAUAGGGGGAGCUGCUGGCACACUUCUUCAGGGAAGAGGUGCACUCCAAGACAUUGACCAGAUAUCUCUGUUUAAGCCUCUGUGUAAAUUCUGUGGUUCUGUCAGAACAAUUCGGGAGAUUGUACCAACCGUCAGAAAGGCCCUGGCUAUUGCUCAGUCAGGAACUCCAGGCCCUGUCUUCAUAGAAUUCCCCAUUGACACACUGUACCCCUACCAUAUCGUAUCGAAGGAGUUUGGUGUUAAAAACCCACCAAAGGGAUUAAUGGGCAAAUUUCUCUCCUGGUACCUUAAUAAUCACCUCAUGAACAUCUUUGCUGGAGCAUGGGAGCCGAGAGAUGUGUCCCCUCUUCCUGUUAAUGUCCCACAAGCUACAGAUAAACAAGUCCAAAAAUGCAUAGAGCUGGUCAGUAGAGCAAAGAAGCCAGUUAUUCUGCUUGGAAGCCAAGCGACACUUCCACCAACACCAGCUGAUGAUGUCAGAAAGGCACUGGAGGACUUGGGCAUACCUUGCUUCCUGGGUGGUAUGUCCCGUGGAAUGUUGGGUAAAGACAGUCCUAUCCAUAUCAGACAGAACAGACGUGAUGCCCUGAAGGAGGCUGACCUGGUGAUUUUAGCUGGCACUGUGUGUGACUUCCGCCUGAGCUACGGCAGAGUUCUGAAUAGGCGCAGUAAAAUUAUUGCUGUCAACAGAGAUAAGACCCAGCUGCUAAAAAACUCGGAUAUGUUUUGGAAACCGACUGUUGCAAUCCAGGGUGAUGCUGGUUCAUUCUUGGUAAAUCUUUCCAAAGGCCUUAAAGGCCAUCGCUGUCCUGAAGAAUGGCCACAAAGCCUUAAAUCUGGUGACGCAACAAAAGAGAAAGCCAACAGGACCAAAGCAGAGGAAAAGACUGACUAUCACCUGAACCCACUGAAGGUUCUUCACAGAGUAGAUGAGCUCAUGUCUGAGGACAGUAUCAUUGUCGCAGAUGGAGGAGAUUUUGUGGGAAGUGCUGCUUACAUUUUGAGACCAAGAGGACCUCUGCGCUGGCUUGAUCCAGGAGCCUUUGGGACUUUGGGAGUUGGAGGAGGAUUUGCACUGGGAGCAAAGCUGUGUCGGCCUGAUUCUGAGGUUUGGAUAAUCUAUGGGGACGGAUCUUUAGGAUACAGUGUAGCAGAGGUUGACACUUUCACCAGACACAAGACUCCAGUUAUUGCUGUUGUGGGGAAUGAUGCCUGUUGGAGUCAGAUCUCUAGAGAGCAAGUCCCCAUGCUUGGUAGCAAUGUUGCAUGUGGCCUUGCAUUUUCAGAUUAUCACAUAGUUGCAGAUGGUUAUGGAGGCAAGGGUUAUCUAAUUAGACGGGAAGACGAAGAGAAGCUGAGCGACAUAAUUAAACAAGCGCAGAAGGAUUGUCAUGAGGGAAAAGCUACACUUCUUAAUGUUCUUAUUGGGAAAACUAACUUCAGAGAGGGCUCUAUCUCUGUGUAGAAACAAACUGUAUUGCCUUCAUCAAAAUGGAUACUGACUUUGGAUUUAUGAUCUCACUUUUAUCCCUUUAUGGGCGACAGUAGCUCAGUUGGUAGAGUGUUUGUCCACUGAUCCGAAGGUUAGCGGUUCAAAUCCCGCUCUCGAGAUGGUUGAGCGGUCAGAUCCAUGGUGUAUGAAUGUGUGUGUGAAUGGGUGAGUGGUUCUUCGUUGUAAAGCGCUUUGAGUGCCUUGAAGGUAGAAAAGCGCUAUAGAAAAAUGUGACUAUUUACCAUUUAUUAAAGCCAUAAUCAACUACAUUAUUUUAGCCCAGAGUUCCGGUUCAGAUCACAAAGGAACUCUGUGUAACGGGCGAUGCCAUGUUGCAACUGGAAAACAUGAUUUCAUCUCACCAGAAAGCACGUCAUAUCUGUUUAGAAGGAAACAUAUUUAGUAAAAAGACAAAGUUAAAUCUGUCAACUGGGCAAAAAGUUGUAGGAGUCAAGACUUGCUGCUGCUGAUCCAAGCCACUUCUUCAGUACUCAGAGUGUAAACAGUUAUUGUUUACAGUUUCAGUGUAGUUAGCGCCUCCCUUCAGACAGAUAUAAGGCAGUGUCCAGCAGUAAUCCAACCAGAACUGAAGAAGCAGCUUGGAUGAGCAGCAAAACGUCUUCACUUCUACAACUUUUAGUCCGGUUGGCAGAUUUAACCUUGGCUUUUUACUGUGGAUCAGACCUGGAUGACUGAGGGAUUCCACAGACAAGGAAACAUAUUCGAUCAUAAACCAAAACCACUCUGCCUUUCCUCAAGCGAAGACACAAAUAGUAAUAUUGGGAAGUGUUUGUUCCAAUAAAAUAAAUCCUUUGAACAUUGUAACAUGUACAUAUAUGCAAAUGUGGAUGUUUUUAUAAAGGGAAGUUGUGUGAAAGCUGUGUCUGAAAUGAAGACCUGAUGAAAUCCUUGCACUUGAAUUAAAUGAUUGUAUUUUGGAGUGAAUGUACUUGUGUUCUGAGCUGUGAAUAUAGACUGAGCUUAAAUAAAAUAUGCACUCUUGGUUUCUGUGAUUGC